AUGAACGACGACUCUAUGGUAACCUCGUGGCCUCCCUCAUCAAUCGCGUUAGGACUGACCGUCAUCGCUUAUAUCACAUACUGGAUCAUAUCGUAUCUUCAACAUCCUCUGUAUAAGUUUCCUGGCCCUUUUCUAGCAUCCAUCAGCAACAUCCCACACUGCCUGAGUUUUCUCCGAGGCAGACAGCCCUACGAUCGUCUCGCACUUCACGAGAGAUACGGUCCAGUAGUCCGGACAUCACCAAACGAACUCUCCUUCAAUACUUCUCAAUCAUGGAAAGACAUAUACGGCUCCAGACCAGGACAUCAAGUCUUCCGCAAAAGCCCUUUUUAUGAAGGUGCGAGUUUUGAUGGGAAAACACUUUCGAUAAUCAGUGAAACAGAUCCGGCAAAUCAUAAGAAGAUGCGAGCACAACUCAGCAAUGCGUUUUCGGAUAAGAGUCUUAGGGAGCAGGAAGGGUUGGUCAACGAACCUAUUGACUUGUUUAUCGAUCAGAUUGGGAAACUGGGUGAUUGUCCUCAAGGCAUUGAUAUCGUUAUGUGGUUUAACCUUAUGACUUUUGAUAUCAUUGGCAGCUUGGCUUUUGGAGAAUCGUUUGGGGGAUUAGAGUCCGCGAAGUCUCAUGAAUGGAUUCAACUGGCCGUCGGAUCUAUGAAACAAGGAGCUCUAGGAGACUCUUUGGGUCGCUAUCCUACUAUCGCAGCUCUGGUAAAAAAGCUUUUUCCUGGAGUGAUUGACAAAAUUCUUCAGGAUACUCGCAAGCAUGACGCACAUACGAAGGAUCUUGUGAGAAGACGUUUGCAGAAAAACUCAGAUCGACCAGACUUUUUGACACGCAUAAUCGAAGAACGUGAAAUGCACAUCAUUUCCGAAUCGCAGAUCGCCGCUCACUCCUCUGACUUCAUCAUUGCUGGAAGCGAAACAACCGCAACCACAUUAUCUUGCGCUACAUACUACCUCCUACGCGAUAAUGUACUAUACGACAAACUGCGCACAGAGAUCCGUAGUGCUUUCCCUAGCUACGAAGACAUCAACUCUGCCUCAGCUUCAAGGCUCAAGCUUGUCAAUGCAAUCUGUCUCGAAGCUAUGCGCAUGUAUCCUCCACUUCCAUUCGCUCUGCCUCGAGUUGUCCCACAGGGUGGGGAUACUGUGGAUGGGCAUGUGCUUCCCGAAGGCAUUACUGUGUCUACAAAUCCAUUCGCCGCUUCCAUGUCUUCCGCCAACUUUAAAGACCCUUUCACCUUCGCACCUGAGCGCUGGCUAGACAACAAGGACCAAGACGACCUAGACGCAUCCCAGCCUUUCUCGUAUGGUUCACGAGCUUGCAUGGGACGAAGUCUGGCAUGGACAGAACUUAACCUCACGAUGUGCAAGUUGCACUACAAGUACGAUCUUGAACUUGUCAAUACGAAUCUGGACUGGCAUAGGGACUCAAAGAUGCAUAUUGUGUGGCAUAAACCUGCGAUGAUGGUCCGUGUGAGAGCUCGGCCAGACUAG